AUGGAAAAAGAGAAUAACAAUAAAAAGGUUAAAAUAAUGUUUGAUGAAUUAUGUUAUAAUAAAGAUUAUAAAUCAUAUAGAUUAAUUUGUAUAGAGGAGCCAUUAACAGGUGGUGCAAGUGGUCUUAAUUCAUCAAUAUCACGUUCUGAAAGUGAUUUAGGUGAUUUAUUAAUAACUCAAGGAAUUGUUAAACCUCAAAGACCAACUUUUGAUCAAGCAACCCAAUUUUUCUUAUUAGAUUCAAUUUCAACAAAUAUAAAUACAAUUGUUUUUAGAAAAGCAAAUCAACAAUUGGAAGAAUUUGAAAGAUUACAUUCAAUUAAUUCAAAAACAGAUGUAGACUUUUUUAGAAAAGAUCUUUUGUUAAUUCAUAAUAGAUUAAUGGAUGAUUUAGUUUGCGCAAAUGCUGAUUUUAAACAAUUACAUUCAAAUGAAAAACAAAUGAAUAGUUUAUCUUUAAUUUUAGAAAGUUAUAUAUUAGGUAAAAUUCAAAAUAAAUUAUAUGGUGAUUUAAAAAGAUUAUAUGAAAAAGAGAAUCAACAUUUAUAUGAGAAAAUGAUUUAUUUAUCAAAAUUAUCAUUUGAAGAUAUAGGUGUAAAGAGUGAUUUUGAACCACAUUUAACAAAAGCGAAAGAAGUUAUAGAAUCAUUUAAUACUGGUAUAAAUUAUAUCAAUAAUAAUAAUAAUAAUAAUAAUAAUAAUAAUAAUAAUAAUAAUAAUAAUUAUAAUAAUAAUAAUAAUAAUAAUAAUAAUAAUAAUAAUAAUAAUAAUAUAAAUAAUAAUAUAAAUAAUAAUAUAAAUAAUAUAAAUAGUAAUAACAAUAAUAAUAAUAAUAAUAUAAAUAAUAAUAAUAAUAAUAAUAAUAAUAAUAAUAAUAAUAAUAAUAAUAAUAAUAAUAAUAAUAAUAAUGAAAUAAUUAUAACGCCAAUGGAUAAACUUUUAUCUAUUGUUCAAGGAUCAAGAGAGAUUGAAGAAUCAAUUAAGGCAAGAGCGAUAUUGGAAUUAGCUGAUGAGGAUGAUAUUUUAACAAUUACAGGUGAUGAUGCAUUACCAUUAACAGCUUAUUUAUUAAUUCAUGCAAGACCAAAAUAUUUAGCAACUGAUUUAGCAUAUUGUUCAAAAUUCAUUCUAACAGAUAUUUUUAAUUCUUCAUAUGGUUAUCAUUUGGUAAAUUUAAUUGCUGCAAUUGAUUAUAUUAAAAGUUUAGAUAUAUUAUCACCAACUAAAACUACUACUAGUAGUAAUAAUAGUAGAAAUACUUCACCAACUUCUUCAACAACAAAUAUAACAUAUGGUGGUAAUAGUGAAAGUUUAUUUGCUCAAUCAAGCGUUAAUAAUUCAACAAUUUCAUCACCUAAACAACCAGAGGAUGAAGCUGCUUUAUUUAAUAAUUUAAAAAAGAGUUUAUCAACUAUGAAUUUAAAUCCUCCACAACAAUCACAACAACAACAACAACAACAACAACAACAACAACAACAACAACAAGAAUCAAAUUUUUAUAGUAAUAAUAAUAAUAAUAAUAAUAAUAAAACAUUUAAUAAUUCAAUACCUCCACAUUUUAUUUCAAAUCAAAAUAGUAAUAAUAACAAUCAGUUUACAUCAACACCAAACUUAUUUAAUAAUAACAACAACAACACCAACAGUAAUAAUAGCAAUAAUAAUAAUAAUAAUAAUCAACAUAAUAGUAGAUACUCAACAAUGUCUUUUAGUACAAAUAUUUCAAAUAAUACAAAUAUUUCUAAUAAAUAUGUUAAAGCACCAGCUGUAAUAAGUUUAGAUGAUGAUAGUGAUAAUUUGGGUGAUUUCAUAGGAAAAUUAAGAGAUAUGAGAGAUGAUGAAGUUAUUGUAUCUACUCAUUUUAAAUAA